AUGAGAGAAGGCAAGCCCCAAGCUCCAAAUGAGGAGCAGUCCAAAUACAAGCGUUCUGAUGAAUCUGCAGAACACUGCCUUCACGAACAUCGAUCAAAGAAGCGUAAAGUUGUAUCAGACGCGCAAACCCUAACUCUACAACCCCAUCUCGAUUUUCCGACUGUGAAUAGGUUUGCGCCAAUUAAUUCCUCGUCGUCUCGAAGGCGAAGGAGAAAUCGGUACCGAAGCAGAGAGCCAACUACUUUAGAGAGCAAUCGCAGUUGGGUCUCAAGUUCUCAUGAUCCCGCCGCUUUUGCAGAUAGACUUGUGUUGGUUUCGUAUAAUAUACUUGGUGUAGAGAAUGCCUUAAAGCAUCCAGACUUGUACUCUCAAGUUCCAAGAGAAUUCUUGAAGUGGGGUCGCAGGAAGCGGCUCAUAUGCAAGGAGAUCAAACAAUAUAACGCUGGCAUCCUAUGUUUUCAGGCAGUUACAAGCUAUAGUUCUAGAAAACAUGUACUUUUGAUCUAUAGUUUCUUUCAGGAGGUUGAUCGUUUCAAUGAUUUGGAUAGCCUUCUCCAAAAGGACGGCUUUAGAGGUGUCUAUACAGCACGCACUGGUGAAGCAUGUGAUGGCUGUGCUAUGUUCUGGAAAGAUGAGAUGUAUACACUGUUGCAUAAAGAACAUAUCGAGUUCCGGAAUUUUGGUCUCCGGGACAAUGUAGCUCAGCUGUGUGUCCUACAGAUCAAUGACCAUCAAUCAGAAAAAGACACAGUAAUGCAAGUGCACGGGAUACCAGCAAGCCAAAGUAGAAGAUUUGUGGUUGGUAAUAUACAUGUGCUUUUCAAUCCAAACCGUGGAGAUAUCAAGUUAGGCCAGGUUCGACUACUUCUACAGAAGGCUCAUAAGUUAUCACAAGAAUGGGGCAGCAUUCCUGUUAUAAUUGGAGGGGAUCUGAAUAGCAUUCCAGAGAGUGCCAUGUAUCAGUUUCUGUCCUCAUCUGAGUUGGAUAUCCUGCUGCACGACCGCAGAAAGAUUUCUGGACAGCUUAAACGACCAGCACAGCAGAAACACAUCAGGUUCCCGAUUGAGCAUUCGAGUUGGAGUGAGGAAGAACUAAAGCUAGCUACUGGCAGAAAAGGAGUGGCUCAUCUUCAGCAUCAGUUGAAGCUUUCUAGUGCAUAUGCCAGGGUUCCUGGGAGCAGCAUGUCAAGAGGCCCUUGUGGAGAACCAUUGGCAACCUCCUACCACUCAAAGUUUAUGGGAACUGUUGAUUACAUCUGGCAUACGAAAGAACUUGUACCACUUAGGGUUCUUGAAACCUUACCCCUUGACGAUUUAAGGAGAAACGCAGGUCUUCCUAGUGAGAGAUAUGGAAGCGACCAUCUUGCUCUUGUGUGCGAGUUGGCAUUUCUAGAUGAUGAUGAUUACUGA